UCGAUAAGGGAGCGAGCGGGCGAAAGCUCUCUCUGCAUGGCGAAGAAUUUACACAAUUCCCUGCUGUACUAAGGUACUUUUUCGACUUUUUGCAUUACCUCCCUCCUCUCACCUUAUCCCCACGGUUUUUACCUCCUUCCUGUUGCUCCGGUCCUCUUUCCCUCCUUUUUUCUCUUCUCCUGUCUCUCUGCUUCUGCUAGUUCCUUCUCAUUGUC